UCUUGCUGGUGUUUAAAAUCUUCCUCUUUAAUUUUGAAGCUACGCUUUUCUGCCACAUAAUGGCUUGCUCCACACAAUCAGAUGCACUCGUCUUUUUUGUGAAUGGCAGGAAGAUAAUAGAGAAGAAUGCGGACCCUGAAAAAUUGCUGUUGUCUUACCUGAGAAAGGGACUUCGUCUCUCAGGAACGAAAUAUGGUUGUGGAAUAGGUGGCUGUGGAGCCUGCACUGUGAUGAUAUCCACAUAUGAACCAACUUCCAAGAAGAUAAUGCAUUAUCCUGCCAACUCCUGUCUCUUACCCAUAUGCUCACUGCACGGGUCUGCUGUCACUACUGUGGAAGGUGUUGGAAGCACAAAAACAAGGGUUCAUCCAAUUCAGGAAAGGCUGGCCAAGUGCCAUGGCUCUCAGUGUGGCUUCUGCACCCCUGGAAUGGUGAUGUCCAUGUAUGCUUUGCUGAGAAACCACCCUGAGCCCUCCAUGGAGCAGAUAACUGCAGCUCUGGAUGGUAAUUUGUGCCGUUGCACUGGAUACAGACCAAUAAUAGACACCUACAAGUCUUUCGCUGGGGAAACAGCAUGUUGUCAACUGAGAGGAACAGGGCAAUGUUGCCUGGACAAAGAAGAUGUGUGCUCAUCUUCUAACAAGGGAAAUCAGAUGCAUUCUGGUCUCUGCAAUCCUGAAGAAUUCCAGCCUGUAGACCCAACCCAGGAGUUUAUCUUUCCUCCUGAACUAAUGAGAAUGGCUCAGGAACAGCGAAAAAUAACUCUGGUUUUCCGUGGGGAAAGAACAACAUGGAUUUCUCCCACUAACCUCAGGGAACUUCUGGAGCUGAAGGCCAUGUACCCUAAAGCACCUCUUGUUGUAGGGAACACCUGUGUGGGACUUGAGAUGAAACUUGAUGGUGUUCAUCAUCCAGUUAUCAUCCAUCCCACUAGGAUUCCAGAUCUGCAUGUUGUGAGUAAUACAAACAAUGGACUAGUGAUAGGUGCUGCCUGCUCUCUGGCCCAACUCAGAGACAUCCUGAUGAAAGUAGUCCUGGAGCUUCCAGAGGAGAAGACAAAGAUUUUCCGUGCUCUCUUGCAGCAGCUGAAAACCCUCGCUGGAGAACAAAUCAGGAGUUUGGCUUCCUUAGGUGGACAUAUUGUAAGUAGAGGUUCAACUUGGGAUCUGAACCCUGUCCUAGCAGUUGGCAACUCUGUCCUCAGUCUGGCAUCAAAAGAUGGAACACGACAGAUUCCUUUAAAUGAUCAGUUUCUUGCUGAAUAUGAAAAUGCAGAUCUUAAGCCAAAAGAAAUCAUAGUCUCUGUUCUCAUCCCAUACUCUAAGAAGGAUGACUUUGUGUCAGCAUUCCGACAGGCUGAGCGCCGGAAAAAUGCUCUAUCAGUUGUGAAUUCUGGAAUGAGAGUCCUUUUCAAACCAAACACUGACAUCAUUAUGGACCUGAAUAUUUUAUACGGAGGCAUUGGCCCUAUCACAGUCAGUGCAAGGAAAUCCUGCCAGAGGCUCAUAGGGAGGCAAUGGAAUGAGCAGAUGCUGGAUGAAGCUUGCAAACUGGUGCUUGGAGAAAUUUCUCUCUCCCCCUCAACUCCAGGAGGGAAGGUGGAAUACAGAAGAACUCUGCUUGUCAGCUUCCUUUUCAAGUUCUACCUGGAAGUGUUGUAUGGAUUAAAUAAAAUGUACCCAGCUAAGUAUCCUGACUUAUCCAAGAAGAACUUGAGUGCCCUAGGAGCAUUUCACAGCGAAGCACCCCAGGGUAUGCAAACAUACCAGGAUGUAGAUCCAGCGCAGCCUCCCCAAGAUCCAGUAGGACGUCCCAUCAUGCACCAAUCCGGGGUUAAGCACGCCACCGGUGAAGCUGUUUAUUGCAAUGACAUUCGUGCUGUGGAUGAAGAGCUUUUCCUGGCUGUGGUAACCAGUUCCAGAGCCCACGCAAAGAUUGUAACAAUUGAUGUAUCAGAAGCCCUCAAAAUGCCAGGGGUGGUUGAUGUGGUAACAGCUGAAGAUGUUCCAGGGAAAAAUGGCACUGAUGAUGAGCAAGCAUAUGCAAAAGAUGAGGUGAUCUGCGUGGGUCAGAUUGUCUGUGCUGUGGUUGCAGAGUCAGCUGUUCAGGCAAAACAAGGGGUUCAAAAAGUGAAGAUAGAGUAUGAAGAUCUGGAGCCAAUACUGACCAUUGAGGAUGCAAUAAAGCACAAUUCAUACUUUGGAAAAGAGAAGAAACUAGAACAAGGCAAUAUUGAAGAAGGAUUUAAGUCUGCCGAUGAAAUCAUUGAAGGUGAAAUCCACAUUGGAGGACAAGAACACUUUUACCUGGAAACUAACUGUGUACUUGUUGUUCCAAGAGGAGAGGAUAACGAAAUGGAUGUGCAUGUGUCCACUCAGGAUGCAGCGCGUGUACAGGACUUCGUGGCUUUGGCUUUAGAUGUCCAGUCCAGUAAGAUCAUGUGCCACACAAAACGCGUUGGUGGAGCUUUUGGAGGGAAGGUUACAAAGCCUAUAAUUUUUGCUGUCGUUGCAGCAGUGGCAGCAAACAAGACUGGGCGUCCAAUCCGCUUUACCCUGGAGCGAGAUGAGGAUAUGCUAAUCACUGGAGGCCGACACCCUUUCUUUGGAAAAUAUAAAGUAGGAUUUACAAAUGAUGGUAGAAUCACAGCUGCAGAUAUUGAGUCCUACAUUAAUGCUGGAUGUACUCUAGAUGAGUCUGAACUGGUAAUUGAGUUUGUUGUGCUAAAAAUGGAUAAUGCUUACAAGAUCCCUAACCUCCGAGUCCGGGGACGUGCCUGCAAGACUAAUUUGCCAUCAAACACAGCGUUCCGAGGAUUUGGCUUUCCACAAUCGGGUUUGUUUACAGAAUCCUGGAUAACGACAGUGGCAACCCAAACUGGCUUGCCACAAGAGAAGAUCAGGGAGAAAAACAUGUACAAAGGAGUUAAUCUAACUCCCUUCAAAGAAGAGCUCGAUGCAACAAACCUGGUGAAAUGUUGGAAAGAAUGUAUGGAGAAGUCUGAAUACUACAGCAGGAAAACAGCUGUGGAAGAAUUUAACAAGCAAAAUUACUGGAAGAAGAAAGGGAUUGCCAUUAUUCCUAUGAAGUUUUCAGUUGGAUUUAGUGCUACAAAGUACCAUCAGGCUGCAGCUCUGGUCCAUAUCUAUACAGAUGGGUCUGUGCUGGUGACUCAUGGUGGAAUUGAACUGGGACAAGGAAUUCACACCAAGAUGUUGCAGAUUGCCAGCCGUGAACUGGAGGUACCACUGUCAUAUGUACACUUUUGUGAAACAAGCACAAUAACUGUGCCUAAUGCAAUAGCCACACCAGGAUCGAUUGGCUCAGAUGUCAAUGGAAAAGCAGUCCAGAAUGCUUGUCAGAUUCUUCGGAAACGCCUGGAGCCCAUCAUUAAUAAAAACCCCGAAGGGAAAUGGGAGGACUGGAUUACUGAAGCUUAUGAUCAAAGUGUGAGUCUUUCAGCUACUGGCUACUUCAGAGGCUAUAUGGCAAAUAUGAACUGGGACACAGGGGAAGGCCAGGCUUUCCCAUAUUUUGUUUUCGGAGCUGCUUGUUCUGAAGUGGAGAUUGACUGUCUGACAGGAGAUCACAAGAACAUCAGAACAGACAUUGUCAUGGAUGCUUGUUUCAGCAUAAAUCCAGCUGUAGAUAUAGGACAGAUUGAAGGUGGCUUUAUUCAGGGGGUUGGACUUUAUACAAUGGAAGAAAUAAAGUUCUCCCCAGAAGGAGAGCAGUACACGCUGGGUGCAGAUACGUAUAAAAUCCCUGCUGUCUGUGACAUACCUGAACAGUUCAGGGUUUACUUGCUGCCAAACUCCCGAAACCCAAUUGCCAUCUACUCCUCCAAGGGGAUCGGCGAGGCAGGGCUGUUCCUGGGAUGUUCUGUGUUCUUUGCUAUCUGGGAUGCAGUGGCUGCUGUGCGGAAGGAAAGAGGAUUAACUGGGACCUUCACCCUGAACAGCCCCCUGACUCCUGAGCGGAUUCGAAUGGCCUGUGCCGAUAACUUUACUGAGAUGAUUCCCAAAGAUAAGCCUGGAACCUAUAAACCUUGGGCCAUUGACAUAGCCUAAUACUGUAUUUUCCAAAGUAUGAAAUAAUUAUGUGACUGUUUCCAUCACUGUUGGUUUAAAGCAUUCCAAAUGUAGUAGUAAAAUAUUUGAUUUAAAACCCACUCUCUCACACAUUUGUGGACCAAGAUAUUAUUAACUGCAGCUCCACUGUACUGAUAGAAAGAAGAUCUUUAAUUUCGGAGAAACUGUGGACCAAAUUCUGCUCUCUGUUACAUCAUUGUAAAUCGGAGUAACCCCAUGGCCUUCAAGGUAAUAACACACUGGCGUAAGAGAAAGCAGAAUUUACCCCCAAAUUGCAAGCUAUGCUUCUUUGUCACUUGCUGCAUCCACUUUAUGACACACUUACACCCAUUGUUGUAAUUAUUAAUUGAGUCGAUUGCUGUAGCACCUAGGAAUCCCAAUCCCAUUACACGCAUGUACCAAAAAAAUAAAGAUAGUCCUUUCCCCAGAGAGCUUCAGAGUCUAGGUCUCAGACAUGAUUCAACAGGUGAAUGAUACAGACACACGGCUGGGGAGAAGUGGAGUUGAGAGGGAAAAAUCACAACAAAAUGAACGGAGUUUAACAUAAAAGAAAAGGUGUCAGCUCACCACUUGCCCAACCAGUGCCAGAUGGUAGUGAUUUGUAUGUAGGCAUCAUGAUAGAGGUAGGUUCAAGGAUGGGUUUUAAAGAAGAUGAGGUGACAGCCUUAUGAAUUUUGAGGGGAAUUUUUGUCAGAGAGGUGGGUUAAGGGGGCUCCCACCAAUGCCUGAAAAGGUAGGAAGCCAUUCAGUCUCAUUGUUUCUCAUCCUCCACAAUGCCUUCCAGAGGAGAGGAAGGAAGCCCUCUGUAAUAUUACUAGGAAGUCAUCAGAUGAUGCAAUUACAGAUAGUUUUACAAAUUCUGUGUAAUUGAAUGUGCAAGUAGUUAGAUCUUGGAGAAAUGUUAUAUGUUUGUUUGGUUCAUAUUUAACACCCUUCAGACUUCACCUGUAGACUGAGUGCAAAUGAUUUUGUCACUGUGUCAUUUAACCCUGAGAUGCUGUCAUCUGUAAGCAAAACUCCAUCGUAUAUGGGUUUAGAACAGGGGAGGGCAAACUACGGCCUGCGGGCCGGAUCCA